GUUGUCCACAAUAAGCUGGCCACCCCUCUUUCGUACCCAAUGGACUUCAAGAAAGGUAUAAAAGCUCCACCACCACUUUCUGUCUCAGAACCAGUUGAAGUGCAAUAUUGAAGUUUGUACUGUACAAUUCAGGAUCCAGAUUCUAACCUCAAGACAUGUUAACCAGGGAUUUUCUCAUUCUUUGCUCUCUGGCAGUUCUGCUGGUACAUGCUGACCGUAAUACUAAUAAUGAUCACACCGCCCAAGCCAUAGCCACAGAUAAGGACUCAACCUCCGAUGAAGCACCGACGGGGAGCUUGAAUGCCAUUUCCUCGGACCAGCCCAAGGAUAAGUCACAGUAUUACAAAGGAGGAACAGCUGAUGUAAGCAGUACAAGCAUGGAGGUUGGACAAGAUGCUAAACCUAACCAAGUGGCUGCACCUGGAGUCGUGGGAAACAGCGUUGAAGAACAGGACGACAUCGAGAGCUCAGAUGAAGGUGUCAAAAAAAGAAUUGUCCCUCCCCCUCCUCCCACUGCUCCACAACAAAAGGCUCGGAAGUUCACUGGGCCACGCGGGAACCGGAGAAAGGCUGCGGCGCCGCAGCAGAAGAGAAGAUCGCGACCCUCUCGUCGUCAAGCUUGAACUGUUACAAAGACACAGAGGCAAACAUUUACUGUUAGUUGAUUACAUAGAAACCCCUACAAAUAUUGUAUCCUAUUAAUGUAUAUGCCAUUACACGGACGCGUUAAUAACCGUAUGCACAGGAUGAAGAUGUUUUUUAAUGUGUUUUGGGCAGUAGAACAAGGCCGGAAUGACGAGAUAUUGUUUACUGUAAUGCCUGUGGGGAAAACCUCAACGUUGUGUUAAAUACAAACUCACGGGCAUUUUCUGUGAAUUUAAUGUAGCAUGAAACCUACCAUGUAAUGUUUUGAUUUAUGAAAACAGGCCAAACACCAGCGAGAGAGCGUUCACACGUUCGUUAUAACCUGAUGUGAACCAAGCGGUACUGUUGCAUCACUUUGGAGACUGACCAUAAAAGCCUCAAUUCGCCAACCUGUUUAAAAUUAGCAAGGACCUCAUUCCCGAGAAAAAUACCUCCAUUUCUAAGAAUGACUUCUGCCAUUUUGUCACUACCCAGUUGGUGACAAUAUGGAGUUAUGAACUGGCAAUACAUUCACUACUAAGAUUUACAUUUUUUUAUAUAUAUAUAUAAUUAGGUUUAACUGAAAAGUUAUACGCUAUUUGUCUUUUAGUCGUGUGCUGAAAAAAAUAUUAAGAAAUCUCAGAAUCCUUGUGAGUUAAGAAGGGUUACCUUUGACUGGUGCUACCUACCCGAAGACUGGUAAUAUAGUCAGCCAUGGCAUAGCUGUUAGUGGAUAGUCUGUUUAAGCAUCCAUGCUGUCAAACACAAAGCCAGUGUUUCAAUCAAAAGUAUUUCUUUCUUUUUUUCUAAUCAGCAUUUUUAUACACACAGUAUUUAACAAAUUAUGUAUGAAAUGUGUUCAAUGAAUAUCAACUUCAAAACAUGUCUUGAGUGUAAACCUUUAUCUCUUACAUAAUAUCAUUCUAAAUAAACUUAAUGUGAGCAAAAUUUCCACCUGACCAUUCUUGAAGCAUCUGUGAUUGCUAAAAAUGAAUCAAAUUGAAAUGAUAUUCCCACA